UGAGGACGUGAUGGUGCCAUUUGGAUCAGCUUUCCCUCUGGGUUUGUCUUCUUCUCAUGGUCCUGCAGUAGAUCAUCCCUUUCACAAGCCCUUUAACCAUGAGCGUCGGACUCUGUCCCACAUCCUCCUCCUUCUUCUAACUGACUCCCGGCCUCAAGUCCCUCCAUCCUCUGCUCAGUUGCUGAAGUGAUUUCCCCCAAAUCCAGAUUUGAUCAUGUCAUCCCCCUACCCAUCAACCUGCAGCAUCUCCCUCUGCUUCCCAUGGGGGUCAGAAGAAAUGACACAUGGACACUCUCAAGGUCUCUCUUAAAAACUUUAGAGUUGAUUGUAUGGCAUGAGACAUAUGUACUGGGCCAGGAGCGCCCAGCAUGGAGGGCCCUCGUUGGAAAAGGGGCUCUAUGAGCAAAGCAGAAUUGAAUUAGCCCCAAACAAGCGUGAGAUGUGCAGCUAGAUCCUACACCCCAAAGGUGCAGACCCCAAAGGGACUGCUUGUGUCCAGCCGGUGGCAGAGCAUUUGGAGGUCCUAUUGGUCUGAUCAACCACUCUCAGACUCCCUGUAACUCGCCUCUAUCCCAGUGAUGUCAUGUGGUCCUUUUUGAGAACAAAGGACACCAACCGACCAACAUCAGAUACAUUACUCCCAGCUAAAACUUCUGAGUUCAAAUCCAGGCUCACAUAUUUACCAGCUGUGUGAUCCUGUGCAUGUCACUUAACUUUUGUCUGCCUCAGUUUCCUCAACUGUAAAAUGUAGAUAUAAUAGUAGCAGUCACCUCCCAGAGUCUUUGUAAAGGAUUAAAUGAGAUAAUAUUUAUAAAGUGCUGGCCAUUGUCUUCCUUCCCUCACAACCAUCCAUGAGGGGGGCUGAUUCAGGAACUCCCUAUAUUGAUAGACUGGUAGGUCAGGGCCCUAUCUCGAUAAUAAUAACAGCAGUUUCUAUCUCAAAAAUGACCAGCCUUACAAAGGGUUUUCUUCACAACCCCCUUGGCAAGGAGGCAGUGCAAUGAUAAUACCCCCAUUUUACAGUGGGGAAAGUUGUAUCCCCCACAGUUGGAAUACACUGAAAUACACUGAGUGUCUUCCAUUGAGAUUCUUGUUCAUGUCCUCGUUGGACCAGUUAAUAAUUGUUGAGGUCCCUUGCGAUCCUGUGGUUCUUGGAAAGGGCUUCUGGGCAUUAAAACUGGAUCAGAGAGGUCACCUAAUUUAUUUCACUUUCUCAUUUUAAUUACUUUUCGUUUUCAUUUGAUUAUCUACUAGUUAACUUUUAACUAGUUGACACCUCUAAGUUUGCAAAGCACUUCACUUAUGUUAGCUCAAUCAAUUCUCACAACCCUGAGAGGCAAGUGCUGAUAAUAUUCCUAUUUUACAGCUGACAGCACUAAAACUGGGAGUGGAUCCGUGAUUGGACCAGGACCACACAGAUUAUGCAAGUCAAGAUUCCAGCCCAGGUUCUAUGUUCAGGACUCCUGUCUACUCUAGGUCUGAUAGUAAUUUUUAAAAAUUUAUUAUUAUCGAUCUCUGUUUUACAGAUGAGGAAACUGAGGCUGCUGGAGACACCUCUGUGCCUUUUGUUCUGAAGGGAACAAGCUGCAGAGCCUGUAAAUAGUUAAAGACACUUGAGUAUGUACCCGGCCUGACUCAAGAGUUGGGUGGAGGCACUAAGGAGCUGGCUGGGAACAAAGGCGGCUCAGCUGGCACCAGCAGGUGCCAAUCCAGGAUGGCCCAAAGGCUUCCUUGUAUCUCCCUGCCCUUUAGGCCACACCCCCAAACCCAAUUCUAUUUGGGCUCCGGGAUGGGGAGGAGAGAGAUAACUCCUCCCCUUCCCAGCCAGAGAAAAGGCCGCCCUGGCCCAGGGGAGCAGCAGCUACAUCCAGCACCAUGAGUGGCCGGGUUGGGGACCUGAGCCCUCAGCAGCAGGAGGCGCUGGCCCAGUUCCGAAAAAAUGUCCAGGACGUGCUGCCCGACCUGCCCAACCCCGAUGACUAUUUCCUCCUUCGCUGGCUCCGAGCUCGAAAUUUUGACCUGCAGAAAUCUGAGGACAUGCUCCGGAAGCAUGUGGUAUUCCGGAAGCAAGAGGACCUGGACAACAUGUUGAACUGGAAGCCCCCGGAGGUCCUCCAGUUAUACGACACAGGCAGCUUCAGCGGUUAUGACCCGGAGGGCUGCCCCGUCUGGAUUGACGUCACCGGCUCCUUGGAUCCCAAAGGCCUGAUUCUUUCCAGUGGCAAAACAAAUAUGAUCAAGAAACGCACCCAGGCCUUGGUGUUCCUCCUCCGGGAAUGCGAGCUCCAGAGUGAGAGGCUGGGAAAGAAGAUUGAAACUUUCGUUAUAAUAUUUGACCUGGAAAAUCUAGGCCUGAGACACUUUUGGAAGCCAGCUACAGAAGUCUACCAGGAGUUUUUCUCCAUACUUGACCACAAUUUUCCUGAGACCGUCAAGAAUCUUAUUGCUGUGAAAACUCCUAAACUGUUCCCUGUAGCCUACAACUUGGUUAAACCCUUCAUUUCAGAAGAAACUGGAAAAAAGAUUGUUAUUCUAGGAGCAAACUGGAAGGAGGAUUUGCAGAAAUUCAUAGACCCUGACCAGUUGCCUGCAGAGUAUGGGGGAACCCUAACUGACCCUGAUGGGAACCCCAAGUGUCUGACCAAGAUUCGAUAUGGAGGUAUGGUCCCUAAGAAAUACUACGUGCAGAACCAAAUGAAAAUGCAGUAUGAGCAUACAGUGUGUAUCAAUCGGGGCUCUUCCCACCAGGUGGAGAUUGAGAUCCUCUUUCCUGGCUGUGUCUUGAGAUGGCAGUUCCUGUUGGAUGGGCCCGACAUUGGCGUUGGGAUUUACCUGAAGACUAAGAUGGGGGAGCGACAGAGAGCAAGGGAGAUGAUCGAGGUGGUGCCCACCCAGAAGUACAGCUCUCCGCUGAUCCCUGAGGACGGGACCCUCACCUGCACUGAACAGGGAGUCUACGUCCUGAGGUUUGACAAUACCUACAGCUUGAUCCACUCCAAGAAGGUCAGCUACACAGUGGAAGUCUUACUCCCUGACAAAAACAUUGAAGAGAAGAUGGAGAAACUGUAGGGGAAGUCCAAGCUUGGCCACCAUUAUUGCUCUUCCGGUCUUGUCUCACUGACCCCACUUGGGACGCCUUUUGUCCUCUGGCCUGCUUUCUCUGUCAAGUAGAUGUGCCAUAGAUCCACCUUUGACCAAGACACUGUGGGGAGGUUGGAGAUCUGCUGAAGAGUAAGAUGCUUCAACUCGAAUCUUCCCUUCUGAUUCUUCUUUCAUAAUAUGAUUAAUGUGGAGAUAUGUUUAAUAUGAUUGUACACAUACAACUUAAUGCUUGU